AUGAGAGCUGCCGAACAGAAGCCAUUUUUUGGCAAACGCAAACAUAAUCAAUUACUAAAGGAUUUACUGCCACUGCAUGGCUGGUGGACGAACACGGAUGGUUUACAAGACAGUUCAGAUAUCCAGGUCGUAUACUUGCCAGCAUUACUACCCAGAGAGGCACAACUCGAAGCAGAUAAACCCAACGAUGACAUCCCACUACCUUACAGCUUUGACGCCUUCGGACGAAAUUUUGAGCUGCAGUUAGUACCAAAUCGACGUUUGGUGUCUCCAGAGUUUCGAGUUUGGUCAGAUCUUGGCCAAGAGUCAACUCUGUCGUCUAUUGAUGCAUCUUGUCACUUUCUGCACAAUGGAUCUGGAUCAAAUACAGUGGCAGCCUUCUCAGCUUGUAGAGAUCAUGCACUUCAUGGGCUAAUUGUUGUUGACAAUUCCACCUACGAAGUGCGACCUCUCGCUUUGGGCGCCGGACGUGCCGAAACGGGGAAUGGACGAACAGCGCACGUAAUCCGUCGCGCACCACCCCCUACUGCACCUGGCGAUGACGCUCGACCACUACGACCACGCGUUCGUAGACCGCGCGGGCAACCACCGCAUGUAAAGCCUGGACCUGCCAGCUACACUAUUGAGAUAGCACUUUUCUUAGACGAAGCCGCCUACAAAAUUUUCUACCCGUUUUUGAACUACAGUGAAGCUGAUUUACGGGACAUGCUACUGGCCUACAUAAAUGGUGUACAAGCCUUAUACCAACACUCGUCCCUGGGCACACAUAUUCAAUUAUCUCUAGUGCGUCUGACGCUACUGCGGGCACAGCCGGCGACUUUAUCAGCACAUGCUGAACGAGGACGCCUUCUCGAUUCCUUCUGCGCCUAUCAACGCUCACUCAACGUAGAAGAUGACGAUGACCCUCAACAUUGGGACAUGGCUCUGCUGCUCUCUGGGUUAGACUUCUACUCAGAAGAGGGUGGGCAUCGCAAUGGAGUGACAAUGGGCUUGGCGCCUGUUGGCGGCGUGUGCCUACCCGCGCACGCCUGUGUGGUCUCGGAGUUCGGCACCUCCGACCUGCUGGGCAGGCCCCUGGGCAUGCAUCAUGACGGAACCGGCAACAGCUGUGCCCGUGAUGGUUACAUAAUGUCGCCCUCAAGAGGCACCAACGGCGAGGCAUCCUGGUCUACCUGCAGUGCGCGAGUCGCAGCCGAGCUACGAUGGGCAACUUGCUUGUUGGAUGGUGCCGAAGAAGAUGAUCAAGAUAUUCCCAGUGAAUUGCAGCAUGAAAGGUUUGGCGGGGCACCCGGCGCUGUUUGGAGCGCUAAGAAACAAUGCGAGGUUCUACUGAGGGACAAGGAUGCAGUGGCAACACCGGCAGGUGCGGUACCCGAGCAUUGCUCCCAACUUGCUUGUCGUACGCCACAUCGCGCUGGAUUUUACUACGCCGGACCCGCGCUGCCUGGAACAUCUUGCGGACACCACAUGUGGUGUCAAGGAGGCGAGUGUAUACCGACGGUCAACCUGCCAACAAGCAGUCCAGCAGCAAAACCUGGGAGCAGUGGCAGUGUAAAUAGUGCCGAUAACGAAAUUGGUGACGGUAAUCAAGGUGAAGGAACAAGUGCCUGGGGGCCGUGGCGCGAAACUAGCUGUCGAUCAGGAUGCACGGAUCGUGGCCGUGGUUUUCGAGAGAGACGACGUAACUGUACGGCUCAAAACAAAGUCUGCCAAGGAACUGGAUAUGAUGUGGUGCUCUGUGAUGAUACUAAGGUGUGUAAUAAGAAAAGCCGUGUGAAUGCUAACGAGAUGGCUUCGAGGAAAUGUGCGGAGUAUGCAUCAUUGUUGCCUGAACUAGAUGCCCGUGGAGGCGGAUUGCAGGCACCACACGACCCUACUCGUAUGUGGAUGGGUUGCGCGGUAUUCUGUCGGCGCGCGUCAGGCGGAGGUUUCUACGCACCGCGGGUGGAGCUAAACGAUGCUAGAAAGGAUCCUUACUUUCCUGAUGGGACUUGGUGUCAUAACGACGGUGAACAAGACUACUAUUGCUUGCAACACCAUUGCUUACCAGAGGCAAGUUAUUUUAUGUUACUACUACUAUCGUCGACCGAUUUCGGCCACGGCGACCUCUUCAACUCCGUUCAAUAG